CUAACCUAACAAAUACACAGGUUUUUUCAUUUUGUUGCACGUUUAGCAGUAAAAUGAAAAUAAAAAAUCGCAAUUUCCCCAGUAAUGGGGCUCCGCAUAAAGACCUCGAAGACCUCGAGGAGUACAGCGAGCCGAAAAAGUGGUACGAGGACAUGGAGGAAGAUCCGAAAGAUGCGCCCAAAUACACCGAGCAGGUUCUCAUAGAAUUGAAAGACGAAGCGAAGAAAUGCCACGAAUCGGAGGUGUUGAACUACAAUUCGAAGAAUUUGAAGACCAAUUCGAAUUACCAAUGGAUGAAAACCGUCAUGUCUAAAGGAACUCUAUCGGACAAAAUCGCGGCCAAUACUAUAAUGAUACAAGACAAUCCUAUAGUUAGUUUAGAAACGGUCAGAAAUCUAGUAAACAUGGUUAAAGUGGGCAAAAAGAAAGAAUGCAUGUCCGUAAUGGAAACCCUUACCGAUUUGUUUGUAUCGAAUCUCCUAAUCGACGGGAGAAAGUUAAAGUCCUUCCAUCAACGACCGUUAUCGAUGUUGAACGAACUAUCAUCAGGCAAUGCGGUUACCAGAAGGAAACUUCUAAACUUGUGGUAUUUCGAGGAUCAAUUGAAGGAAAUCUACGCUUUGUUUGUCCUGGCUUUGAGCCGAGUCGCCCAAGACACCGUAGACAGUAACAAGGAAAAGGCCAUCACAGCUAUGUACAAAUUACUAGAGAGCAAUCCGGAACAAGAGAAAAAUCUUCUAACUUACAUAGUGAACAAAUUGGGAGAUCCGUCACAGAAAGUCGCCUCGAAAGUUAUAUACUGUUUAACGAAACUGCUGUUUAAACACAACAACAUGCAAUUAGUGGUUCUAAACGAGAUAGAAAAAUUGAUGUUUAGGCCCAACGUGUCGACCAGAGCUCAAUAUUACAGCCUGUGCUUCCUGUCCCAGUUCCAUUUGAAUCCGGAAUCGAACAACGUACCUCGUAAAUUGAUAGACGUCUACUUUUCGUUCUUCAAAGCUUGCGUGAAAACGGGAGACAUCGAUACCAGGAUGAUGUCCGCUUUACUGACCGGAUUAAAUCGAGCUUAUCCGUACGCUAAAAUGGAUUUCGAAAAUAUCCAGGAACACAUCGACACCAUGUACAGAUUAGUACACAUAGCUAAUUUCAACAUCAGCUUACACACUCUCAAUCUUCUGUACCAAGUGUCCGAUAGCGGUAAAGGAAUUACGGAUAGAUUCUACGCGGCGCUUUAUAGAAAAUUAUUCGACUCGAACGUUUUGAACACGACGCACAAAGCCAUGCUGUUAAGCCUGGUUUACAAGGCUCUGCUGAAAGAUAAAGAGCCCAAUCGCGUCAAGUUGUUCGUAAAAAGGCUGCUGCAGAUUUCGUUGUACGCCCAACCGUGCUAUUCGUGCGGAAUAUUAUAUUUGAUAUCGCAGCUGAUGAACAAGCGAGGGGACAUUAAAGCGUUCGUUAUGAAACGCAGCGAAAUAUCGGCGUUCGAGAACGACGAAGACGAAGAGAAAUACCACGAUAUUAAAGAAGAAACGAUCGAAAUCAAAGAAGAAAGCGAUAACGAGGACGAGGUCAAAGAGGAGAUAACGACGAACGGGUUGGUAGAAAUCAAAGAAGAACCGGUGGAUGAAGACGAUGUAAAACCUAAGGGUGAUGCUUCGAGCUGGUACCACUGCCGAAACGGUCCAGGGGGAGAUAAAACUCACAAAUACAAUCCUCUAGCGAGGAAUCCGCUGUACGGCGGCGGAGAAUUCAGCGCCUACAUCGAACUGAACUACCUGAAAAACCACUUUCAUCCCACCGUAUCUCUAUUCGCUACGAAUUUGCUCAACAACGAACCGGUCACUUACAACGGGGACCCGCUCAACGACUUCACUCUCAUCAGAUUCCUCGAGCGGUUCGUCUUUAAGAACCCGAAGAAAACAGCCGCGACGCCCGGCAGAGACCUCAUGUUCAGCAAACGGAAGCUCUACAGGCCCAAAGGCGUUAAAUCCCUGCCGGUUAAAUCGGAAAGCUACUCCAGAGAGAACCCGAGGAACAUACCCGUAGACGAGCUGUUCGUUCACACGUACCUUCAAGGGAAGUACCGCGAAGGCGGGUCGAGGGACGACGACGACAGCGACUUGGAGUCGGUGCGGAGCGACGAAUUCGAGGAAAUGCUGGACAAAAUGGCCGGCGCGAAGACCAACGAGGAACCGGACGAGUUGGAUUAUCUCAACGAAAUAGGCAGUAGCUUGAAAGAGAACAAAAAAAAGACGAGGAGCAAGGAAGAAACUGCGGAUGACGAUGAUGACGGUGAUGAUGACGAAGACGAGAAUUUAUCGGAUGAUUUCUUCAGCGAUAACGAGGAGUUUAGCGGCGAGGAUGACGACGAGCUGGAAAUGAACGAUGAUGAUAAAGAUUUGCUCGAUGAUUUGAGCGAAGAUGAUGCCGAAAGUAUAGAGUUCUCCGACGAAGAGGAAUCGAAUCGCGGAAAGAAGGGCAAAAAUAAGAAAUCCAACGACAUAAUGUCCAAUUUCGCUUCAGUCGAAGAAUUCGCUACAUUAUUGGAGGACGAGGGAUCGUCUAAAAUCAAACCGGGCGGUUCUAAUGCGUUUGCCAAUAAGGAUGAUGCAGAUGUGAAACAACUAUCCUGGGAAGAAAAUAGAAACAGGUGGCUGAAUAAGUUCGAUAGAACGGUAGGAGGCAGGAGUAAAAAAUUCUCGAAGAAGCGAAACAAGAGUCAAGGAAGUAACAAUAGCAAAAGGAGAAGAAAUAAUAUGGCCAGAAUUAUCGAAGCUAUUCAGCCAGGACCCGGAAUUUCGAAAUAAUUAAACGAUAAUCAACUGGGAUUUACCCGACGAGGCACAACAACAAGGCGAUCAAGUGCGUUUUGGUCGUUGCCUCGGUUUCCAUGGUGGUCAUUAUGUUAGCGUGGCACGAAGGACAUUGUGUAGACGUUGGCGUGGGACCCACAGGGAUCGCUUGCGUUACUAU